AUGGAACUUGAGAAUAAAGCAAUGUGGGCUUUAAAGAAAUUGAAUCUUGAGUGGUUUGUUGCCGCCAACUUAAGGAUGACACAUUUGAGCGAGUUGGAUGAAUUCCGAUACCAUGCAUACACAAGUUCUUCCUUAUACAAAGAGAAGAUGAAAUAUCUUCAUGAAAAGUACAUAUGGAACAAAGAGCUUAAAGAGGGUGAUCUUGUGUUCAAUUCGCGGUUGCGAAUGUUUCCCAGAAAGUUAAAGUCUAAAUGGAGUGGCCCGUUCGAGGUUGUGAGUGUGAAACUCUUUGGUGCAUUGGACCUGAAGAAUAAAAAUAAUGAAGUGUUUAGAGUCAAUGGUGACUGGUUGAAGCAUUACCUUAUAAGAGUUGGUGAUGUGCACAUCGUGGCGGAAUGA